AUGCAAGAUACCUCUCAACCAUCACCUGUUCCGCGCCCUGGCUCUCUCCUGGAUCGCCUAAGCAACUCUUCGUCUCCGUAUCUGCUCAACCGACUGGACUCCACUGCCGAACAGUCUUUCAAUGCAUCGAGCCAGCGCAGUUCGCCGCCCUUGAUUCAACGAAUAUCUACGCAAGAUCUCGCCUCGACUUCAGAUCCUGAAUGCGAGGAUGAGCAGGUUUACCAUCCAAAUACCCAUGCAAACUCAGUGACACAGGCCACACCAUUCACCGAGACCUCUGUCCACACCCAACCCACACCUGUUUCUCCAAAGACGGUGGACAACUUCCUGGCUAGCGUCUUGGAUCCGUUUGUCACCAAAGACCGUACGCCCAGCGAGAGCUCCGCUCAACCUGAGCGUGCGGACUCGCCGGCUGUGCAUUCGGGCCUCAGCAAUACUCCGUGCGACGAGGCCAUCAUGAUUGAAGAAUGCCGACGGCUCAUGCUCCCUCAGGUCAUCAGAAACGCGUUACAACGGCAUCCGGACACGGACAGCGCCGUGCUUGCGCAUAACGCACGCGCGUUGUUCACGGACGACUGGUGCAAGGAGAUGCUCGAGCAAGCGAGGAAGGUUGUCUCUGAAAUGCAGAGGCGAGGCUUGAAUGAGGGAGGAUUUGCGCAGAGCGCGGGCAUCGCGCAGGAGGAACAGACGGACGUUCUUGCAUGUACGAAACCUGCACAAGGAAACCAAUCCGGUUCCCAUCCCGGCACCGACACCGAAAUUGUGUCCACUGCGAGGACAGAAGAACGGCAUCCGGAAUUGACCGAGACUGCCUCCGGCGUGCAUAUGCAUGAUCCGUCCGCAAUUCAGCACGAAGACAACCCUGUUCCUGCUUCCAAUGCGCCUUCCAAUGGUGCAGCGUUCCCCAUGGACAAGAGCUCUGCGGUCUAUCCACACACGGACGCGUACCAAGAGCCCUCUUGCAAUAGUAUGCCUCGACAACCGUCCUCCGCUUCCCCGACUGCAGAUACCCCAAUGGACGUCGAUAUAAUACAGCAAGAACGGUCAAGCUUAGAUCAUAUGAUAGAGCAACGACAACCGUCCCCCGCUUCCCCGACUGCAGAUCCCCCAAUGGACGUCGAUAUAAUACAGCAAGAACGGUCAAGCUUAGAUCAUUCGAUAGAGCAACCGAAUUCAUCAGCUUCUAUUGGUCAAUUGACGCAUUCUAUCGACGUUCCUCUUUUUGUGUCGAAGACAGAGGACCAGUCAGAGGGUCCCCUACAGAGGGACACCCACCAUGACAUGCAUAUAGGAGAUGCGUCACCCGUGAACCAGGUUCCAGGGCUCUGGGCAGUACAAGUUGGUAGCAGAAUUCCUCAAAUAACUGAUUUCACCUUUGAGUUGCAAGAGCCUGUGGCUGCUGCAGUACGGCGCUGGACGCGUCGGCGGUCCACAUACAACGAGAAUGCGACGCACGUUUCCGUGCAUCUGCUCUGUUUGCCCACGAUGGCAGUUCAAGAGGCCAAUCAGAGACUAGAUCCCGCAGCAUCUCCGGCGGAGGUGGUUGCAAUGUUGUGGAACAUCGAUACCAGUUGGCCGGCACCGGGGACGCUCGUGAUCGAGGUUAACCCUGCGGAUGGGCGUACAGCCAGAACGUAUCUCCCUGCGGACUUGGGGCAGAACAUGGGGCAUUUGGACAUUACAGCGGACCUGCGUCCCGGUACGAACAUGAUCCGGCUGAUACAACUACGCGAUACGUCAGAGCGUGUCUUUGUCGUCCAUGCAUCUAUUCCAGACCUUGCGGAGCGAAGGUUGUACGCAGAGCUUGGUGUGCGCACCCAGGAAUGGUCUGCGUAUAUUGCGAGAGCGUCUGCGAGACUGCCUGGCGCGCAACGCGUGUGA